CCGUCUGUUUAGUAUACACAAUAAAAUAAACAGAUUGUAAUUUCAGAUAAAUAAGAAUUUUAUUAUUCUUACAUAUAUGUUCUUUGUUUGUGAUUUGGAUAAAGGGAAAUAUAAUGGAAUCCGCGGCAAGUGUCCAGGUGGUUUGCAACUGGAGUCUUAUAGGUGGAUGUGAACUUUCACAGAGCGUUAAAACCAGAAUCACACAUGAGGAUAUUUUUAUAAAGCCUGAAUUGGAAGAGAUAAUAGGCAAACAAAAUGCGAUUCUCUUGAAAAAAACACCUAACAGUGAUCCAUGUGAACUGCACCUACGUUUGCCAUCGUCAAUCUAUAAAAUUGAAUCUGUAACCACGGUGUGCACCGCUUCAAAACUAGAACUUUUUCUCGGACCAUUGAAAGAAUAUACAGAAACUUUGUAUGGCGUACCAGCAGAUGAUGAUGAUAAUGGUGAAGUGUUCUCAUAUCGGUACGACAUAGAAGUGCAAAAAUCGGGAGUUACUGAGUGCUCAUUUAAGUUAUUGACUUCAUGUGACGAAAUCUGCAUAUUUGGUAUCUUAUUACAAAUCGCACCUAAUCCUAAUGGCAUAACGACGGGAGCCGACAUUAAUUUCCAUAAUGUACAAAAAAUGCUUAGUAACACGGGACAAAAUAUAUCACCAAGUGCGGAAAAAUGUAUGCUAGUCAUGCAAGCAGCCAAUCAAAUGAAACGUUUUUCUGGAACUGGGCAAUCAUCUUUAUCGUUUUUUGAUCAAAUGAAGCAAACGCUCGCCGAUAGGAUUCAUUCUGCUACUGUCAAAGAGGAUUAUUCUAAUAAAAACACUGAAAAUAUGGCAGAAGAAUCACCUCGUCCAGAACUGGAGAUUGCUCUUAAGACUCAUAUAGACCAUAAGUUUUCAGAAUUAGAGCGUAAGAUUACAGCACAUUUGGAGUUAGUGGUAUCGCAACAAAAUGAUAAACUAGAUAAAAUAAUGCAAAUACUCGAAAAUAGAAACAUUGUUUAGUAAAUAGAA